CGGUGCAGGACUGACGCUUUGUCUGUCUCCUGCGCGUCGGACUGUCCCCUCCUCACAUGCUGGACGCCCCCUGGAGCUCUCCUCUUCCUCCUCCUCCUCCUCCUCCUCCUCGUCUUGUCUGUAGGCUCCUGCGGGGGAACGGGACCUCACUCCUCCAGUGAAAUGGGAUUUUAAUGGUGCAAGAAGCAGCGGACGCGCUCGGCCGUGCACAGCCAGGGGACCGUGGGACACUUGGUAAUGUUUAUUACCGAGGAAUAAAACGGUGUGGCCGAGGGUUGCAGAACAUCUCGUUUCCAUGGACAACACGUCCAUAAUAACACAGGUUGCAAAUCCGAAAGAGGAGGAGAGCAUCUCUUCAAGUCAGGAUAAAGUCUCCCAGUCCAACAGCAGCCUCAAGAAGCACCGGAGCCGCAGCAUCUUCAGCCCCUUCUUCUGCUGCUUCCGCAACUACAAUGACUACCACGUGGAGCCACCACCCUCCAACAACAAGACCCUCUCCCUGCCCCCGCCACCAGAGGAGAACGGCAGUCCUCCCAAGCCUCCAGCCAAGUUCCUCCUGCCUGAAGUCAGUAUAGCAGACUACGGCAAGAACUGUGUGGUGAUCGACCUGGAUGAAACCCUCGUGCACAGCUCCUUCAAGCCCAUCAGCAAUGCAGACUUCAUCGUUCCAGUGGAGAUUGAUGGGACUGUUCAUCAGGUGUACGUUCUGAAGAGGCCCCAUGUGGACGAGUUCCUCCAGAAGAUGGGGGAGCUCUUUGAAUGUGUCCUCUUCACAGCGAGCUUAGCCAAGUACGCUGACCCUGUGGCAGACCUGCUGGACCAGUGGGGGGUGUUCCGCGCCCGGCUCUUCAGGGAAUCCUGUGUUUUCCACAGAGGAAACUACGUCAAAGACCUCAGCCGGCUGGGCCGAGAGCUCGGUAAAGUCAUCAUCAUAGACAACUCGCCUGCCUCCUACAUCUUCCACCCUGAGAAUGCUGUCCCGGUGCAGUCCUGGUUUGACGACCUGACGGACACAGAGCUGCUGGACCUGAUCCCUAUGUUUGAGGGCCUCAGUAAGGAGGAGGACAUUUACAGUCUGUUACAGAGCCUGAGGAACAGGUAGCAGACGACUCCCCCCCCGGCUGGCCCCUCCCGCCUCGGCCCCCUGCUGCACCUAGGCCCUCCCACCUCGCUGCCACGGCCCUGCAGUCUGGUCACCUCCUGAACUGAGGACUUCAGGCAAAAGAUCUGGUUCUAAUCAAAUCUAGAGAGAACAUCUAUACGGAUUCUCUGGAUUUUUGGACUCUUUGUACAGGACUCUUACUGACAAAAUAUUAUAUUACUGUAUGUACAUACUCUAUGUUUCUAAAAGCAAGACAUACACAAAGUAAUUUUUCUAUCAGAGAGAUUAGGUUUUACUAUUCUAUCAAGUAAUAUUUUAGUUACCAAAAAUAAUGAAAUACGCAGGAUGACGAGUGUUUUUGUUUCUUUCUGAGAACGAGUGACCUUUUGGUUUUUAUGUCGGGCUUCGUUAUGCAGGCUGGUUUUUCUUCUUUUCCGACCUUUUCUUUCAAACAACUGUGAUUUAUCUUCUCUUACAGAAUGAAGUGCCUUCAUUACUGUGCUGAUUUUAUUGUGUCUGGUUAUGGGGUGCACAAUUACAUGCUGAAUAUUUACUCAAAUCUCCACAAACGUCUGAAGCAAAUCUUUAAAUUGAAAGUGAAAGUGAGUCUAUGGUAAAUUGUCAUUUAAUCUGAGAGAAAAUGAAAAGACUGAUUCUUAGAAAUGUAUAAAACUAACCUGUCGGACCUGGAUGAUUUAUUCAGCCAUUUCCUUGAAGAACAUUGAACUGUUAAAUUUACCAAAGAUUUGUACAAUUCAAUGUGAUUUGUGGCUGAAUCUUGGACAGUGACUGUAAAUUGAUCCUUCAUCACAUUGAAAACCCCCCACUUUAUAAUUAAUGACGAAAAAAAAACCUUCAUAAAAAAUCCUAAUAACAUCACCGUCCACCAAUAAAUGUUGAAGUUUUGAGGAAAAUAUAAUGAUUAGCUUAGAUUAAAUGGAAUUAUAUUUAUUGGGGAAAAGGGGAUUGGGUGCAUUGUAAAGAAUGCUGUUGAAAUCGUACUGUACAACAUUAAUAAAGUUGCAAGUUUGCACACUGUCA